AAAUGGUGAUUCUUUUGUCCUUAAUGAAGCAAUUUCUUUAUUUGCUAUUUUUAAAUCUUUUGUUGGCCACUCAGCCUCAAAUUGGCAGAUUAUCGUAGUUAUUCUAUCAAAGCGGUGAAAUUUUCAGAUGGUUUGAAGCUUUGAAGAUUUACGGCGGCAACUCGUUUCAAGCGCAAAUAUUUACUCGAUAUACACUCACUGCCCACGACAAUGAGUGCAAGUUUAUGAGUGCAAAGUUUUACAUCAGAAACAUUCAGUGCGCAUUGAAAUAGUGAUGAGACCAUGACUAUCUGGGAUGUUGAGUGGUUUUCUCAAAAAGCUGAGCAGGCACGCAGAAAAACAUGGAUCCCGUGGAAAUCCCGAAAAUGUCCAAAGCGAGCGAUUUUGAAAGAUGGACACAAAAACGUCUACAGGAAAAAUAUUUCCAAGAUUCGAUGGUGGAGAUAUUUGCAAGAUAUCUUCACAACCCUGUUGGACGCCCAAUGGAGGUGGACGCUCCAGUUCCUAGUUCUAGAAUUUUUCGGGUGCUGGCUGAUCUUUGCGCUGGUUUGGUGGUUAAUCGCCUUUGUGCAUGGAGAUUUACAUGAUGAUCAUUUACCGCUACGCCAAGCCGAAAUCGGUUGGACACCUUGCGUUCUCAAUAUCCACGGAUUCCAUUCUGCCUUCCUCUACUCAAUAGAAACUCAGCACACCACAGGAUAUGGCCUAAGAGUAAUUACAGAAGAAUGUCCGGAGGCAAUUUUCGUUCUGGUUUGCCAGUGCUUAAUCGGCAUAACUUUGGACUCAUUUGCAAUCAGUAUAGUUUUUGCUAAAUUGGUCCGCGCCAAGCACGCAUCGCACACAGUUCAGUUUUCCAAAAAUGCCGUUCUUUCUCACAGGAAUGGAAAAUUGUGCUUUAUGUUCAGAGUUGGCGAUAUCAAGAAGAGUCGGCUGGCAGGGGUAGCAGUAAGAGCGAUUGUUGUUAAGUGUGAGCGCUCGCAGGAAGGAGAAGUUCUUCAAAACUAUCAAACAGAAUUAUCUUUAAAGUGUGAUGAUGGACCCAGUAGUAUUAUUUUGUUAUGGCCGUUAAUUCUCUACCACGAAAUCGACGAGAACUCCCCACUAUACGACUUUACAGUGCCCGAAAUAAUGAAGUGCCAGAAAGUUGAAAUAAUUGUAGUCCUUAACGGAACGGUGGAAAGUACUGGAGUUUCCAUUGAGGCAAAAUCCAGCUAUUUAUCAAGCGAAAUUCUCUGGGAUCAUAAGUUUGCACCAAUCAUAUCGUAUAAUAAAUACGUGAAUUGCUACGAUGCCGAUUGGGAGAAAUUCGAUCAAACCUACGCUCUAAAGAUGAACCAUGCGGAAGAAGACGAAUAUGUUUUAGAAAAUCCAGGUGCAACUCCUUCAGGAACAUUGGACGAAAUUUGGUUAUUACAAAGUCCUGUUUUAGAAACGAAACUGCUAGGGAGCCCUGAUAUGUUCGAAGCUGAGCUUGAUGGCCAAACAGAUCAGAUUGGAUCCACUUCUGAGCGAUUUGGAGCUGUUCACGAAACGAGCAGAUCAGUCGAUACUAAUACGUAUUUUCCCGAUUAUGAGAAACCUUCCGGUCCCGAUUGUUCCGACAAAGGCAAACAUCGCGCAAAUAAGCCCAAAUACCCGGAAACUAUCAGAGAAAGUGAUGAAAACUAUGAAGAAAUGCAUGAAAUACAGGUCACUUUAGUUUGAACGCAAUUUAUCAUGUGUUGUUGAAUACAUUUCUUACAAUAUAAAAGUUUAAUACAGGGUGAUAAAUCAAAA